UGCAGGUCUGGCAAACAUUUACAGAAAAAAAACAACAAAGAACCGACACACAAAUAUUAAAACAAAAAUCCCCGAGUCCAAUCCCUAACGACAACUGCCAAAGAAUCAGCAGGCUUUUUCCUUAAAAUCCUUUAAACAAAAACCAUGGGAGAUAACAAAAUUUGCGACAUAAGCAACGAAGUUCUGGAAGAGUUGAAGAAGUUUCGCUUCAGCAAGAGCAAAAACAAUGCUGCUUUGAUAUUGAAAGUAGAUCGGGAGAAGCAAUCUGUCGUUCUGGAUGAGUUUAUUGAUGACAUAUCCGUAGACGAGUUGCAGGACACUUUGCCAGGACAUCAGCCUCGCUAUGUGAUUUACACUUACAAAAUGGUACAUGAUGAUCAACGUGUGUCCUAUCCCAUGUGUUUUAUUUUUUACACACCUAGGGAUAGUCAGAUUGAACUGCAGAUGAUGUACGCCUGUACUAAGAGUGCCCUGCAGCGUGAAGUGGAUCUCACUCGAGUUUACGAAAUACGCGAACUGGAAGAACUAACCGAUGACUGGCUGCGGGCCAAGCUAAAGUAAAGUAAUGAUGGGAUCAAUCAUUCCGGGCCGAUUAUAAAAGCAAUAUUUACAAGAAUUCUUGGAUUGAUUUUGGAGCUUUUUAUAGACAUAUUCAAACUGGAUCAAGCCGAUACCAACGAUGCAUACCAAUACCAAACAAACCAAUAUUGAGAUACGACAAUUUUUACACUCACAAAACACAAAUCAAACUAAGUUAAUACCAUAUAAUGACAAUUUUUAUAUAGACGAGGUACGUGGUAAGAGUGCCGAAGAGUUUUAGUGAUUUUAGUUUUGCAUUUAAGUAAUGAUCUUUAUAGAAGCUGUGCUUGCCAAAUUUCUACACGUAUUUAUUGUAAAGAUAUAAAGCAAACAUGACAAAAAUAUUCCAUUUUAAAUAGACAAACUAAAUAAAAAGUGUUCAAUAUUAUACUA